UUUGCCACCAUGAUCAAGAAGGUGCGAGCCUGGUUGCUUCGAUUCGGGAGCGGCUUUCAGCGGCAGGUCGUUGCAAAGGCUCUGCAGGAGUUUGCCACGCUCUGGCUCGAAAUGUUCAAACAGGACGUUUUGCCCACGAAGACCGUCAAGGUCCUUGCGCUGCUGACGACUGCGAAAAGUCGUGUGCCAGCAAGGACACACAAGAAGGACAUACCUGAUCUGUGGAAGAACCAGGUGAAGGUCGUCCUUAGUUCGGCCAGCUCAACGGAAGCGCCGCGGAU